AAAUGUUACGGAGAAUAUACGGGUUUUCGGAUAUUCACUGACGAAGUACUCACAUCGCUGAUGAGAAAAAUAUAUUUGCCAAAUACAGAAUUUAUUUUCAACCUUGGUGAUUGGCCUUUGGCGAAAUCUGACGGCAGUCCAGUGCCAAUUGUGAGCUGGUGCGGUUCCAGAGAUACUGUGGAUAUUGUCCUGCCGACAUAUGAAUUAACGAGAUCCGUAAUCGAAUCGAUGGAAUCAACAACAAUCGAUAUACAUACCGCGAAAGGCGAAAAACAUUACAGGUGGCCAGAAAAAAAAGACACAGCGAUAUUCCGAGGGCGCGAUUCCAACAAGAUACGAUUAGAAGUGGCAAAUUUGUCGAGAUUCUAUCCGGACGUUUUGGAUGCAGGAAUAACGAGAUAUUUCUUCUCCAACCAGUCACAACAUACGCCGACAGUCAAAGUGAUAUCAUUUCCGGAUUUCUUUGAGCACAAAUUUAUCUUGAGCAUUGAUGGCACGGUGGCCUCGUAUCGUUUUCCGUUUCUUCUUGCUGGCGAUAGUGUCAUUUUCAAAUCGGUAUCGAAUUUCUACGAGCAUUACUAUGCUGAUUUAGAAGAAGGACUGCAUUACUUUCAUUUCAAUUCAGACCUCGUCAAACAAAUUAAAAUGGCGAGAAAACGGGACUAUAAUAUGGUAAUCAUCACGAAUUCUUUGAGGCUUAACUGA